AUGGAGGGCAAUUCCUUGACCUGGUCAGCCCAGCUGGCUGUAGCUGCUCCCGAGAAAACGCCACGUUUACCAGGCGACAAGAUCACUUUACCUCAAUCCGCGCUCGAACAACUUCUCGCCGCCGCACCUCUCCAAGCCAUUUCCCCGAACCCGAAUUCUCGCGUACAUACCACGGCCUUCGAUCCUUUCAACCCCCACACUUUCGCAGCGGAGUCUCGAGCCCGCCAACAGGUUGAACAUCGUCAGCAGCAGCUUCCUCAUCCUUUGACGUUCCGAAUUGUUAAUCCUCAGAAUGGUCGCUUCGUAUAUGCGGGGAUUAGAGAGUUCUCUGCUGCGGAGAAUGAGGUCGCGCUGAGUGCUUUGCUUCGCGAGUCGCUCGGGAUAGAAGAUGAAAUAGAGCCGGCCGCCGAAGUGAACGGGGACACUGAGAUUACCGAUGCAAGGGAAAUAGAAGACGCAUUACCUUCUACUAGCCCAAGCGUGACCGUACAUGCAAAGCAACUCCCAAAGGGCACAUAUGUGCGCCUGCGACCGCUGGAAGCUGGAUAUGAUCCUGAGGACUGGAAAGCAUUACUGGAGCGACAUCUACGAGAUAACUUUACAACACUGACAGUGAAUGAGCUGUUGACUGUCCCUGGAACGCGCAGCGAAGCCUUUCGAUUCCUAGUCGAUAAAGUCUACCCAGAGGGCGAUGGGAUAUGCGUGGUGGAUACCGAUCUAGAGGUUGAUAUCGUUGCGCUAUCUGAAGAACAAGCCCGAGAGACUUUACAAAAGCGACUAGAGCGUGCUACACGUGCACCAGGCACAACGAGCGGUAGCUCAGUCGGUGGUGUUCUUUCUCUCGGAGAAGAGGUUGCAGCGCAAGUACUGCCGGGAGAGUACGUGGACUACGAACUACGCGACUGGAACCGUGAAGACACGAUUCGAAUCGAACUUAUCAACGAAUCUCCGAAUGUUUGCCUUUUUGUCAGCCCGCUUGGUGCUCGCCAACAAGGCCGGCCUCGAUCCGAUAUGCAUGUUUGGGGAGACUUUUCAACUCAAAGUCCCAAGACAUUAGAGAUUCGGUCUACGAAUGUGGCUCUUGAAGGGGCAGAGGCUCUUUACAUAUCAGCCCACGUGCUUUCUCUUAUUUCUGAGUCUGAAAACCCGACUCAAACGCAGCAGUCCCCGGUACAAUAUUCCCUACGCAUAGCCACGGGUGAAAGCCAAGAGAAAAGUGAAGAAGAUGAGAGCGAGGACCACGAGCCAGGAGAUGUACAAUGCAAAAACUGUCAACAAUGGGUACCAGAACGAACAUUAAUGCUCCACGAGAACUUCUGUCUCCGAAACAACAUUCUCUGUACUCAGUGUCAAAAUGUUUUCCAAAAACGCUCACCCGAGUGGGAAAACCACUGGCACUGUCCACACGACUCAUCACACGGCAACGACGAGCCCAGCAAACAAAGCCACGACUCGAUAUUCCACAACUCAUACGCAUGCACAGAUUGCGAAGUUCAAUUCGAAGGACUCCCCUCUCUAGCCCAACACCGAACAACCGAGUGCCCCGGAAAACUAAUCCUAUGCCAAUUCUGCCAUCUCCUCGUCCCCCAAAAAGGCGACUCAGAUCCCGACCUUCACGAUCCAGAAGUAAUGCUAUCAGGCCUAACACCACACGAACUAGUAGACGGAGGCCGAACAACAGAAUGUCACCUCUGCGCUAAAAUUAUUCGUCUCCGCGACAUGAACACUCACCUCCGACAUCAUGACUUGGAACGUCUCUCACGCCCUCCACCUCGUAUCUGCCUGAACAAAAACUGCGCCCGCACACUUGGCAGCGUAAGCAAUGAAUCUCUCGGACUAUGCCGUACCUGUUUCGGACCUCUUUAUGCGAAUACAUAUGAUCCUGAAGGAAAAGCUCUCCAGCGAAGAAUUGAACGACGCUAUCUAUCCCAAUUACUUACAGGAUGUGGCAAAGCAUGGUGUCAGAAUUCAUUCUGCAAGACUGGAAAAUCCAAAAGCAAGUCACCUGCUGGUCCUGAAACUAUGAGCAUGCCAGAAAUCAAAGAAGCUACGCGUCCAUUGGUAGAGUCUAUUUCUGUCAAACCUGAUGUUGCGAAUUUAUCAUCUUUCUACCUCUGUACCGAUGAGACGGGUCAAGUCCGUCGUAAUCUAGCAGAGAUGAUUUAUGCUGAAGGAUCCGCGAGUGGAGACAAGCGGUACAAUUUCUCAUGGUGUGUUGCUGGCGUUGAAGCUGCUGGUGGCGAUUUAGAGAAGACGAGAGAAUGGCUAGCUAAAUGGGCACCGGCUGAAGGCGAGAAGAUGGGAUAG